AGUAUUAAUUUUACUGAGAUAAAUUUGAAAAUAUUUUAGGUUGUAAGCAGACAGAAUGAAGUGUCUAGUUUUAUUAGUGCUACUUGCAACUGCUUUUGCUGAGCCGAGGCUAAAGAAGCAGAGAUUAAGCGGUCCUGGAGGAUUCGUUACUGACAACGCGUAUUUUAGUUCGAACGUUGUAGUUCAUAGCGAACCAGACGUGGAAGACAUUUUUGAAAUUAAUCAAAAGUUUGGCCAGCAAGGUCUUACAGAUGGCGACAUACGCCCAAGAUCUUUGACAAGAAACUCCAUCAUAGAUAAAACUUAUUUCUGGCCAUCUACAACCAUACCCGUGCAGUAUGGAAAUCGGUUAGGCUACAAGGCCAUAGCUGGUAUAGAUGAUGCAAGGCAAGAAUACGAGAUGAGAACUUGUUUCUCUUUUCCUGACAGAACAGAUGAGGAAGACUAUUUGCUUUAUGAGCCUUUGAAUGGAUGUUGGUCAUCAGUUGGCAAGCAAGGGGGCACCCAGCUUGUUUCUAUUGGUGCUGGAUGUGAAUGGAUGUCAACCAUACAGCAUGAGAUGAUGCACGCCAUUGGGAUUUACCAUGAACAGUCAAGGACAGAUAGAGAUGGAUAUAUCUACAUUGAUACAGAUAAUAUUGACCCAGAUUUGGUAUACAACUUUGACAAGUACAGUUACGAAGUAGUUGACAAUCGUCGCGUGGCGUAUGAUUACAACUCCAUCAUGCAUUAUGGAGAUACUUCAUUCAGCACUAAUGGAGGUAAAACAAUCAUCACACGAGACCCUGCGUUCCAAGAUGUGAUUGGACAACGUAGAACCUUCAGUGAAGGAGAUGUAACAAUGAUCAACAGGAUGUAUCCUUGCUCUGAUCCUUUAAGAAAGUCAUACACUUGUAACUUUGAAGAAGAAGCAAUAUGUGGAUACGUACAAGACACAACCGAUCAACUUGAUUGGUUCAAAUUUAAUGUGGGCGUGUCUGAUCCAAAGAACUUCAACUCUUUUGUGCCUCUGGUGGACAACACUCACGGGAAAGCAAAUAAAGGCAGUUACAUGGUAUUUGACACAAGCAGCAAAGUUGGAAGUGAAAUUGGAAACCUUGUUUCAAUGAGAUUGAAAAGCAAUUCAACCAAACAAUGUCUUGAGUUUGGGUAUUACAUGGACUUGGUAGCUGGAAGUCAGGCUGGUAUAGCGGUAUACAUUGGUACCAUAGACCAAUCUAAUGGUGACAUACUAUCUGCCCAACCUGUCUUAUCUAUUACUGGUGACCAUGGGGCGUAUUGGAACACAGAAAGACGAACUAUACAAGCACCAGCUAAAUAUAAGCUUGUUAUAACUGCUAAAUCAGAUAUAUACACUGAUGAUGUGAUUGCUAUUGAUGAUGUCAGCAUAUUAGAUAAACCAUGCGAGACAUCAUAUUAUACAAUACAUGACUUUAGUUCUUUACUUGCAUCAACUACAAAGGGUGAUGCCGUAUACAGCCCAUUGAUGUACACUGAUGAAGGAUAUGCUUUCAAAAUCAUUUUAUUUCCACAUGGCUCCACAAACGCCAACGACGGCUACAUCAGUGCAUUCUUUGCUGUGGCACAAGGUGUCAAUGAUGACAAUCUACCAUGGCCUUUCUACAACCAAGUUGUUAAGAUAGGAGUGGUUGACCAAGGUCCUGAUGCAUUGACGAGGAUGAACCAGUUCUUCACCCUUCUAACCACGAGUGAUGGAGACCCGAACUUUGAUAAACCGACUACUGAGGUGAAUGGGGGUUGGGGUUAUAACAACUUUAUGACACUAAGCGACAUUAUGAAUACAAGAGACUUCCUUAAAAACGAUGCAAUUGUUAUUUCUAUCAAUGUUAGAGAUAUGAAUGGAUACCAACGUGAUCAUGCCAGUAGGUUCGCUGAACCUGCACCUUCAGUUCCUAUCAUGAGGUCUUCAUAUGAUAAUAAGGAUCAUGAACAUGAUCAUGAUCAUGAUCACGAAAAUGAGCAUGAAAUCAAUGGUCCUAUCAUCCCAUGCAAAAAUGAUGAACAAGAUGGAAUACCCAAAGCAACUGUUGCAGGAAUAGCAUUAGGAUCGUCCAUCCUUGUGUUUAUUAUCAUGACCAUACUUCUCAUGUGUACGACCAACUCCCAUAAACAAGCAUUGGCCAUUGUGGCUUCUUCAGUCACAAGACCAAACCAACGGCCCGCUCAAUUCAAUAACUUGAGUUAUGAGACAGAAGAGAAGCCAAAGAAAUAACUGACCACACCUCAAAUUAUUCUUCAUAUUGAAAUAAAUGUCAAGUUAGAAACAAAUUAUGAUUUUAAUUUUAAUAUAGGUUUAUUAAUAAGAUAAUUUUUACUAUAAGUUUUAAAAAAAAAGUGUUUUGUUGAUUUUAAAUUAUAGAUUUACAAUAACUGGCACUUGAUUAAUCUUUUACUAAAGAUUGUUGUUCGAAAACUAUUAUUGUGAACAGAUUUUAAAAGCCAAGGUCAUACCUCUUAUCGUUGCAUUGCGUUGUUAAUGUGUUGUGCCUGAUAACUUUAUGUGUAUACUAUGAACAAAUAAACAGGUAAUUAAAAAUGAA